AUGGCGGCCCUGCCCUAUGUGGCGUUGCUGAUCGUGAUGCUGUUUUUCAUCUACGCUGUGAUUGGGAUGCAGAUGCUUGGGAAAGUUGCCAUGGUGGAUGGGACCCAAAUCAACCGGAACAACAACUUCCAGACUUUCCCCCAAGCCGUGCUGCUGCUCUUCAGGUGUGCAACAGGAGAGGCCUGGCAGGAGAUCCUGCUGGCUGCCAGCUAUGGGAAGCUGUGUGACCCAGAGUCUGACUACGCCCCAGGAGAAGAGUACACUUGUGGCACUGGCUUUGCCUACUUCUACUUCAUCAGCUUCUACAUGCUGUGUGCCUUCCUGAUUAUCAACCUCUUUGUCGCUGUCAUCAUGGACAACUUUGACUACCUCACGCGUGACUGGUCCAUCUUGGGUCCGCAUCACCUGGAUGAAUUCAAAAGAAUCUGGGCUGAAUAUGACCCAGAAGCCAAGGGGAGAAUCAAGCACCUGGAUGUGGUGACCCUGCUGAGGCGCAUCCAGCCACCCCUUGGCUUUGGGAAGUUCUGCCCACACCGUGUGGCUUGCAAGCGCCUGGUGUGCAUGAACAUGCCUCUGAACAGCGAUGGCACCGUUACCUUCAAUGCCACCCUCUUUGCCCUGGUGAGGACGGCUCUCAAGAUCAAGACAGAAGGUAACUUUGAGCAGGCCAACGAGGAGCUGAGAGCCAUUAUCAAGAAGAUCUGGAAGCGAACUAGUAUGAAGCUCCUGGACCAGGUCAUUCCACCUAUUGGAGAUGAUGAGGUGACAGUAGGCAAGUUUUAUGCAACUUUCCUCAUCCAGGAGCACUUCAGGAAGUUCAUGAAGCACCAGGAGGAGUAUUAUGGAUACAGGCCCAAAAAGAACCCCAUUGAAAUCCAGGCUGGCCUGAGGACCAUUGAAGAAGAAGCUGCCCCUGAGAUCCACCGAGCAAUCUCUGGAGAUCUGACUGCUGAGGAGGAGCUGGAGAGAGCUAUGGUGGAGGCAGCGAUGGAGGAAGGGAUAUACAGAAGGCAAGGGGGCUUGUUUGGUCAGGUUGACAACUUCAUUGAGCACCAUAGCCCCCUGCAGCCCCAUGUAGCCAGCCAAAGACCCCUGCAGUUCACUGAGCAGGGCAGCGAGGACCUAGACUCCCCUGUCUUCCUCGAUGACUUCACCCCAGAGAGAAAUACCAAUGCCAGCAAUGCCAACAACAACAAUGCAGCAUCACGGGUGGAGUACGAGGAUGAGCUGCAAGGGAAGAAGAUGUCCUGCCAGACACGACAGCUAUCUGCAUUGGCACCCAAAUGCACCUCCCACCAGGAGAAGCUGCAGCAGGAGCUGAGCAGGAGACGAGCAGCCAGCGUUGGGGUGUGUCCAGUGUUAGGGCUGCACAUUGUCCCCCCACAGAUGCCCAGAGAGGAGGCCACCACCCACGAACAGGGUGUGGAGGAAGGGGAAGUGCAACGCUCAGCAUGGCAAGUGGAUGGUGACAGUGACCUGAACAGGGAGGAAGACCCUGCUGCCUCUGCACCAGCCACCACCUUACUUAUUCAGGAGGCUCUGAUCUGCGGAGGCCUCAGCACUCUGGCCCAUGACCCAUCCUUUGUGACGGUGACGAGGAACGAGAUGGCUGCUGCCUGCCAAAUGGAGAUGGCGGAGGUGGAAAUGGCUGCUGCUGAGGUCCUGAAGGGAAGGAAAAGCCUGGAGGGUGAGAAGACCACCUCUCCCCACCCGCCUCUCUCACCCACAUCACUACACAACUCUCAUGGGUGCAGCGUGGUCAGCUCCCAGGAGGCCAUUUCUGCCACCCACCUGUGAGAUGCCACUCUUGUCCUUCUCAUCAAUGGUGCCACCCAUGGGGGGCACUCAGUUGUGUGCUUUCAGAGGGUUACUGUGGAAACGCUAAUCUACCCUCUCCCACACAAAUAACUCCUUGGCUGCUCUCUGGCCUGGGGGAGGCAAGUGUGAGAUGUCACUUGGGGAUCUGGAGAAGGACUCAGCAGCCGUAGGGAUGCGACUCCUGUGAUAUUUCCUACAGGACUGUAUUGCGCUGUGCCAGCAGAAACUGUCCCCUGCCCUUGCAAGAGCUGUACCACGCAAGCCAGAUGGGUCAUUAAACUCCCUGUGAUGUGUGACACCAAGGAUCUUGCUGCUCUGCUUUUUCCUUUACUCCCUUCGCAAGCAGCCCCCAGUUUGAGAGAGCCUGUCAAGAAACACUUGGAGGCUGUUUUUAGAUGUAAGGAGCAGCCACAGCUCCAUCCACAGUCAACAUGGGUUGUUGUUGCCCUGUCCCUCAGCCCAGCCCCCGGGCAUCUCCAGAUGGACUCCCAGAAACAGAGGCACCAAAACUAGCUGCCACUUCCAAAAUGU